ACACCUCCAAACUGAGCCAUGCCGCGCACCAACAGUACCAAGCUCCGCGAACGCAAACGCAUGGCAUGCGAUGAAUUGUCACCGCAGAAGCUGAAGGUAUUAUGUCUAGACGGCCACAAGGGUGCUAAGAAAACUAGGACGAUAUCUUUUGACGAGCUGGCUGCGUGGAGGCAGGAAAAUCCGGCUGUCCUGACUGGCUACCGCAUUUCAGUGGACAGCUGGGCGGAGUGUUUGGCCACAGUAUGGUGGUGGCACAACGAGACGGUGAAUAUCUGGACGCACCUACUCGGCGCUUUGGCUUCCAUCAGCCUCGCAGGGUAUCUUACCUACUGGACCAUGAUGGACAGCGCUGGCCUUGAAACAGAGCCGUUCUACCAUCUCGCGCCUUUGAACAAUGAGAUCAAGUCUUUGGAGUGGCGAGACACAGCUGUAUUUGCCGUGUUCUUUCUCGGAAGUGCGGUCUGCUUCACCUGCUCCACUGCGUUUCACACUUCGCUUUGCCAUCGUGAAGAGAUUGUGAGAUACACGAACAAACUCGAUUACCUUGGUAUUCUCACGCUCGGGACACUGAAUUUCUUUCCGACCUUCUAUUACGGAUUUUACUGCGAUAUGUACCCUGGGUACUUGUACAUGGCACUCAUGGCAGUCUCUGGAUGUGUUGGUAUAUUCCUCGUCUGUGCGCCCGCAUACGACCGGCCCGAAUAUCGCAGAACGCGAGCAGUGACAUUCGUGACGUUGGGCCUCGUCGCUGUCCUGCCUUUUGUACAUGUCGUUGCUCGGUACGGACUCGCCAAGGCCUCGCGUAGCAUGUCCCUAGGAUGGAUUGCCCUCGAGAUUGUCGCAUACCUAUGCGGCGUAGUGCUAUAUUUGUUGGUCAAGUCGGCUUGCAGUGCGGGACGUUUCCCAGAGUCUGUUUUCCCGGGGCGUUUCGAUCUCGUCGGCUCAUCUCAUCAGCUGUUUCACAUCUGCAGUGUAUUAGCCGUCUCAUUCCAUUACAUUGCAACAGUAGAGGCGUUCCACUAUCGGCAUGUCGCACUUGUGGGUGCUUGCCCCAAUUGAGGUCACCCUGCCUCAGAGGCUCGGAAGGGACAUAGAGUGCUUAGUAGUGGUUGGUUCACUAUCAUGAAUUCCCUAUCAUUAUUGCGAAGAAUAUUUUUGACUCU